AAAAGUUACAAAUUUAAUACAUAGUACUGGGAAUCGAAUCAUUGAAUCUUUUUUUUGUGAUUUCUGAAUAAACAAAUUCAGUAUACUGUAUCAGACUCACAUAAGGUACGUCCCAAUUUGCGUACUGAAGCACUAUCCUAUGACGUUUUGUAGUGUAAAUAGUGCGAGUACUGUGUUCACACUGAAAAGUCCACAAAAGUGCACUUUACUUAAAUAACUGAAAAACAAAGUGCGAAAUGUUGAAUACUUCAUGCACUCAGCAGUCAAAACUUGAAUUAGCAGAGGGGAGGGGCUUGCAGACUCCGAUUAUGAAUGACAAAAUAAUCUUAUAUAAUCCAUACACUACAUGGUCAAGUAGAUUAAGUACAGUAUGGGAGUUAUGAGCAUUUAAGAUGACCAAUUCACUAGAAUGAAUCAGACUUUUAAAACCUGACGUAGCAUGAGUAACAUUCAUCUGUGAUCUCCACAUAUCUGUGCCCACAUAUAAGUGUAUCCACUUUUUUUUUAGAGCAUUUAAUUUCAGUCUUUAUAGUGAGGGAAAAAAAAAUAUUCAUGACAUUCAUUACAGGAAUUGCAUAAGCAAUGUAGACACACCUGCUUCUCUCCUUCAACCAUCAUUAUUUGAUGAAAUGGUGAGGUCUCAAUUUCCAACUCUCCUGUUGUGCACAAGAUCCCCAGCUCAAUAAUUCAUCAGGGCCAUGGAAAGCAGCUGGGCUGUCCGAGUCUCUCCUCAAUAUAUAUCGAACACAGUUCUUCCUCCUGUUCUUGUUCUUUCUCCUGUUCAAGACCAUAGUGUAUUUUAGCUGUAAGGGACCAUGGAGGAAUUUCAGAGGCAAGCGGGCAACUUGAUUGAGGGCAAGCCCAGAAAGGUGAGGUUCAGGCUGGCCUCAUCGUACAGCGGCCGGGUGCUGAAGCACGUGUAUGAAGAUGGACAGGAACUGGAUAGUCCAGAGGAGCAGUACCCACACAGCUUCAUGCACACCAAGAUGGAGAUGGGACAUCUGUGUGGCUUAGAAGACAUGCAGGAGCAGAGUUUGUACCCUCCGACAGGCCUGAUCGCCCAGAGGAUAAACGUCUAUCGAGGAGUGACAGGAUGCAACUCCCUGGUGUGUGGAGAUCUUCCAGAAGGGGAUCAUAAAGCACCAGUACUCGAUUUUGGAAAGAUUAUUAUCUACACCAGCAACCUGAAGAUUAUUCGAGCUCCUCAGAGAAGGGGAGAAUCUGAAAGAAGUCCUCACCGCAGCCGGGACAGGAAAGAAAGUUCCCCAGGACGGGAGUCCCGGAGCAAAGGGAGACAUAGAACAGCAGGUUCUCAUGCAGAGGAACCAGAUGCAAUGACUGAACAAAAGCAGGAAGCAGGCUCCUGUGAACAGUGUGGAGGUUCGGGCUGUGCGCCGUGCUCUCUCUGUCACGGCAGCAAAUUGUCCAUGCUGGCCAAUCGCUUCAACGAGUCAAUCAGAGAGCUGCGCUGCCCAGCAUGCAACCCCCGCGGCCAAGAGCGCUGCCAGUCCUGCACACACUAACACAUCUGCUGCUGCCAAGCUCUGUCGGAUGGAGAUCAGACCCUCUGAUGUGUGAACGAAAGUGCAUUUUGGAUUAGUUCUUAAAUAUAACAGCUUGAGGGCGGAAUGUGAACUGCUGGAAAGUACUGCGAUGAAAGUUAAUACAGAUUCACUAGACAACGGUUAACAGUUGAUAUGAAAUCAGAAAGGAACUGGAAACUCAAAGAGAGGAAAGGAACAACAGAGGAAUGGAGAGGAAGUUUAUAUGUCACUGUUUUCUGAUAUUGGGUUAUGGUCACAUGACAUUUAGGUUAACAAAAAUAUUUUUCUUCCUUUUUAAGUGUUAAUUGUUGUUAUUUUAAAAUAAAUUUGUUCAUUUAGCAGACACUUUUAUCCAAAGUGACUUACAGUGCAUUCAGGCUAUCCAUUUUUACCUAUCAUGUGUUCCCAGGGAUUCAAACCCCCAACCUUGCGCUUGAUAGCACAGUGCUCUACCAAUUGAGCUACAGGAACACAUGAUAUUUAAAAAUUGUAUCUAUUAUUUUAAAAUUAAUUAAAAUUUUAUUAGUUAAUGUUCUUUUUCAUUAAACUCAUGAACCCUGUGUAAGUUGUUCACAACCCUAGUUUGAGAAACCUUGAUGUAAUGUAAUGUUUAAUGCACUUUAUGAUGUUAUUAACAAUGAACAGAUUAUAUAUCCUCUCUGUUUGCAUUCCUAUUUAAAUCAGUGUGAUCAAUAAGUUAGGUCAAAUGUAAUCAAAGUAAUAAAAAAGUAGGCUGAUUAUAAAACCUAAAAUUUGAAAUGCAAUGGAUAACGUUACUAAAUGCAUUUUUUUUUUGUCUAAUUUAGAAUCAGUACUUUGCUGUAAAUCUGAUUAUGAACACAUCUUGUUCAUAAUGUAGUCAUUAUUAUUGUCUUCAAAAGCCCUGUUGUUUUAUAAAGGUAAAUACUACAAAAGGUUACACUAUAUUGAUAACAAAGGUUUAUAGUGCAUUUCAUAUGCCAAACUGCAUAUCUCUGUCAUUUGUCAUGUGUUAUUAAACUCAA